AAUACAUCACACCACCGCCGGCCCAGCCAUCACGCACGCACCCACGCCGCGCUAGCUAGUUCGAUCGAGAGGGGCAGAACAGCAUCGGGGGAGGAGACCGAACGCGCCACGUAGCGGCGACCGAAAUGUAUCAGGCGAUCCCCUACAGCGGCGGCGGCGGCGUCCGGCCGUGGCUCCGGCCGGCGGAGACGACGACGGCGGCCGUCGCCACCGUCAAGGCGGAGAUGGCGGAGGCGGCUCCUGCUUCCCGGGAGGAGCAGCAGGAGGUGGAGCGGGCGGUGUCGGAGAGCCCGGUGGUGGUGGUGGGGCGGCGCGCCUGCUGCCUGAGCCACGUGGUGAAGCAGCUGCUGCAGGGUCUCGGGGUGAACCCCGCCGUGCACGAGGUCGCCGACGAGGCUGCGCUCGCCGGGCUCGUCGCCCCCGCAGAGGCCGCGGCGCUACCGGCGGUGUUCGUGGGCGGGAAGCUCCUGGGCGGCCUGGACCGGCUCAUGGCCGUGCACAUCUCCGGCGAGCUCGUGCCCAUCCUCAAGAAGGCCGGCGCCCUCUGGCUCUGAACUCUGACCCGAUCGGAUCCUUCCAACUUUUUCUUUUCUCGAUUCCGGCAGGCGGUGCGACGUUUGACACUGUCCAUUGGAUCAAAAUACCUACGCCGCGGCCGGUUUGCUCUACUAGCAGUAGGUUUUUUGUUUUCCUUAAUUAAUGGUGUGCUGCAAGCCUGCAAAUGAAUGAAUGAAGAAGCAACAUCAGAGACA